UAUAUAUACAGAAUUAGUAGGGAACCAUGGCAACAGGGCAAAUGUCAUGGAAUUACCCUCUAUAUAUACAGUACAGUAUUAGUAGGGAACCAUGGCAACGGGGCAAAUGUCAUGGAAUUACCCUCUAUAUAUACAGUAUUAGUAGGGAACCAUGGGAAUGGGGCAAAUGUCAUGGAAUUACCCUCUAUAUAUACAGUAUUAGUAGGGAACCAUGGGAAUGGGGCAAAUGUCAUGGAAUUACCCUCUAUAUAUACAGUAUUAGUAGGGAACCAUGGGAAUGGGGCAAAUGUCACAGAAUUACCCUCUAUAUAUACAGUAUUAGUAGGGAGAGGAAUAUUAGCCCGGAGAGGAAUAACAAAGAUUCAGAACCAUGGGAACGGGGUAAAUGUCAUGGAAUUACACUCUAUAUAUACAGUAUUAGUAGGGAACCAUGGCAACGGGGCAAAUGUCAUGGAAUUACCCUCUAUAUAUACAGUAUUAGUAGGGAACCAUGGCAACGGGGCAAAUGUCAUGGAAUUACCCUCUAUAUAUACAGUAUUAGUAGGGAGAGGAAUAUUAGCCCGGAGAGGAAUAACAAAGAUUCAGAACCAUGGGAAUGGGGCAAAUGCCAUGGAAUUACCCUCUAUAUAUACAGUAUUAGUAGGGAACCAUGGGAAUGGGGCAAAUGUCAUGGAAUUACCCUCUAUAUAUACAGUAUUUGUAGGGAACCAUGGGAAUGGGGCAAAUGUCACGGAAUUACCCUCUUUAUAUACAGUAUUAGUAGGGAACCAUGGGAAUGGGGCAAAUGUCAUGGAAUUACCCUCUAUAUAUACAGUAUUAGUAGGGAACCAUGGGAAUGGGGCAAAUGUCAUGGAAUUACCCUCUAUAUAUACAGUAUUAGUAGGGAACCAUGGCAACGGGGCAAAUGUCAUGGAAUUACACUCUAUAUAUACAGUAUUAGUAGGGAACCAUGGCAACGGGGCAAAUGUCAUGGAAUUACCCUCUAUAUAUACAGUAUUAGUAGGGAGAGGAAUAUUAGCCCGGAGAGGAAUAACAAAGAUUCAGAACCAUGGGAAUGGGGCAAAUGUCACGGAAUUACCCUCUUUAUAUACAGUAUUAGUAGGGAACCAUGGCAACGGGGCAAAUGUCAUGGAAUUACACUCUAUAUAUACAGUAUUAGUAGGGAACCAUGGGAAUGGGGCAAAUGUCAUGGAAUUACCCUCUAUAUAUACAGUAUUAGUAGGGAACCAUGGCAAUGGGGCAAAUGUCACAGAAUUACCCUCUAUAUAUACAGUAUUAGUAGGGAACCAUGGGAAUGGGGCAAAUGUCACGGAAUUACCCUCUUUAUAUACAGUAUUAGUAGGGAACCAUGGCAACGGGGCAAAUGUCAUGGAAUUACCCUCUAUAUAUACAGUAUUAGUAGGGAACCAUGGCAAUGGGGCAAAUGUCAUGGAAUUACCCUCUAUAUAUACAGUAUUAGUAGGGAACCAUGGGAAUGGGGCAAAUGUCAUGGAAUUACCCUCUAUAUAUACAGUAUUAGUAGGGAACCAUGGCAAUGGGGCAAAUGUCACAGAAUUACCCUCUAUACAGUGGAGGAAAUAAUUAUUUGACCCCUCACUGAUUUUGUAAGU